CUCUUUCAGCAGAGGCUUCCUCUGCUUCAUCGCUGCAAAACCACCUGCUGCGAAGCUUCCAACAUCAGGAGAGGAAAACAGGGGACUAUAUUGCAAAAAUCUGUAGUCUCCAUACAAGCACCAUCUGCUCUCGCGAAGAAACUCAAGUCACAGCCCCAAAGAGGAAAGAGCGCGCCUGGGCUCGCACAUAGUUAACGGGCGUUUCGGGCGCGCUCGCGGCCGGGCCCAAGCAAGGAGCUGAGUAUACAAAGGUGAGCAGUAGAGUCGCGGUACCAGCUCAAUCGGGACUCCCAGUCCAGCGGGGGAGGUGAUCAUUUCUUUAAAGCUCGCAUAGUAGAGGUAGGGCGAGGAGCACUUAAAGCCCACGGCUGGGAGAAUGUACUUAAUCCCUGAACCGUAAAGGGCUAACUCUAAACUAGUCGGAAGUGACGUGCCUGCUGAGACCCGCAGGUCCACCACGUAACUGGCCGCGCCUCACCUAGCCACCUUCUCCCCGGAAUGGCCUGCAGAGGAUAAGUGUAACUGAAAGUCCGCCGCCCGCCCUCGCCCCGCCCCCGUCGGCUCCCGGCGCCACCCGGGGUCAGCCGAGCCCAGCCAGAGUCCGAGCCGCUGCCGGGCCCGGAGAGCCUCGCCUGCCCGCGCCCGUCGGCGCCCUGCGGGCAAUGGGCUUCAGAGCUCAGCCACGCGCAUGCGCGGCCCUCUCUCCAGCGGAUUCCUCAGGUCACCUGGACGACAACGUUUCAGCCACCUGCCCCUCCAGGUCCCUUCUCGCCCUUGACUCCUCCUGCAGAUUCUCACCACCGGCCUCCCGCCUUCUUCCGCAGGCACCGCCAGGCCCUCCCGCGGCCACCCGCCGAUACCACGGCUUCCACUGACACGAGCCUCUCGGCGCCGUUUCCGCUUCCGGCGAGUAUUGUGUGUCGCGCUGCGGGGCGGGGGCGGGGGGAGGAGGAAAGAGGGAGGCAGUGCUCCGGCGGCUCCGCGCCCCGCACUACCGGACCCGAAGCCGGGAAGUUAAAUAAUGGCAGAGACAAGUCUGUUAGAGGCUGGGGCUUCUGCAGCCUCCACAGCCGCAGCCCUGGAGAACUUACAAGUGGAGGCAAGUUGCUCUGUGUGCCUGGAGUAUCUGAAGGAGCCUGUCAUCAUUGAGUGUGGGCACAACUUCUGCAAAGCUUGCAUCACACGCUGGUGGGAGGACCUAGAGAGGGACUUCCCUUGUCCUGUCUGUCGAAAGACAUCUCGCUACCGCAGUCUGCGGCCUAAUCGUCAACUAGGCAGUAUGGUGGAAAUUGCCAAGCAGCUGCAGGCCGUCAAGCGGAAGAUCCGGGAUGAGAGCCUCUGCCCUCAGCACCAUGAGGCCCUCAGCCUCUUCUGCUAUGAGGACCAGGAGGCUGUAUGUUUGAUAUGUGCAAUUUCCCACACUCACCGGGCCCACAACGUCGCACCACUGGACGAUGCCACACAGGAAUACAAGGAAAAACUGCAGAAGUGCCUGGAGCCCCUGGAGCAGAAGCUGCAGGAGAUCACCCGCUGUAAGUCCUCCGAGGAAAAGAAACCUGGAGAGCUCAAGAGACUAGUGGAGAGUCGCCGACAGCAGAUACUAAAGGAAUUUGAAGAGCUUCAUAGGCGGCUGGAUGAAGAACAGCACAUGUUGCUUGCGCGCCUGGAGGAGGAGGAACAGGACAUUCUACAGCGCCUCCGGGAAAACGCUGCUCACCUUGGGGACAAGCGCCGGGACCUGACCCACUUAGCUGCUGAGGUGGAGGGCAAGUGCUUACAGUCAGGCUUCGAGAUGCUUAAGGAUGUCAAAAGUACCCUGGAAAAAUGUGAAAAGGUGAAGACCAUGGAGGUGACUUCAGUAUCCAUAGAGCUGGAAAAGAACUUCAGCAAUUUCCCCCGACAGUACUUUGCCCUAAGGAAAAUCCUUAAACAGCUAAUUGCGGAUGUGACCCUGGACCCUGAAACUGCUCAUCCUAACCUAGUCCUGUCGGAAGAUCGUAAGAGUGUCAAGUUCGUGGAGACAAGACUCCGGGAUCUCCCUGACACACCACGGCGUUUCACCUUCUACCCUUGUGUCCUGGCCACUGAGGGCUUCACCUCAGGCCGACACUACUGGGAGGUGGAGGUGGGCGACAAGACCCACUGGGCAGUGGGCGUGUGCCGGGACUCUGUGAGCCGCAAGGGCGAGCUGACGCCGCUGCCUGAGACUGGCUACUGGCGGGUGCGGCUGUGGAACGGGGACAAAUACGCCGCCACCACCACGCCUUUUACCCCUUUGCACAUCAAGGUGAAACCCAAGCGAGUGGGCAUAUUCCUAGACUAUGAGGCCGGCACACUGUCUUUUUACAACGUUACAGACCGCUCUCAUAUCUACACCUUCACUGAUACUUUCACUGAGAAACUCUGGCCCCUCUUCUACCCAGGCAUCCGGGCUGGUCGGAAGAAUGCUGCACCACUUACCAUCAGGCCCCCCACAGAUUGGGAGUGACAGGUAGUGACAUGGCGAUGAUUGGAGUGAGGCAGGGUCAAGAGCUAUGGGCCUGCCUUCCUGCGACCUGCUGGGACGUCUUUGUGUCUGCCUGGGUUCAGUCGUGAGCCGUCAGGGAGAAGAAGCACCUUGGUUUCUAGAAUGGUUUAUGUGGAGGAGGAGUAGGACGGGGCUGGCAUGAGAGCACAGCUGUGUCGCCCUCCUAACUGUCAUAUGGGGAGCUGGUUCAGAGGCAUUACCUCCCCUGACGUCUGUCAGGUUUUCUGUUGCACAAGGACGGGUUGGAAAGGGAGAGCCUUUUCCAGGAUCAACAAGUCUUUGGGGGGGUCUGAUGUGCUCAAACCAGAGGAGGAGACAGAAACCCCUGUACAUCUUUUUAAGGUGUUCUUUGACCCAGAAUAGUCUUGAUUUUUUGAGGAAGACCACAGGGGUGUAUGUACCUCUAGAUUGAAAUAAAAAUGAAUGACAGUUGCUCUCAUGGGUCCAGAAGUUGAGGAGUCUUUCCCUUAACAGAGAUGGGGCAUCAAGAAGGUUAGAAAAGUCAGGGAAGGGGGAUAAAGGAACAGAUUCUUAGAUACUAAUGAAGGGGAGAGGAGUUUCUUUGGUCUUCUAUUCCCAGAGUAAGGUUGUCAUUGUGAGUAGGGUCGGCCAGAGGUAGGAAGGUGGGGAGGAGAAGGGUGAGAAGGAAAAGGAGGAGAACCUGGUCCUUCUCUCAGCCUUCAGCGGAGCUGGCUUACUGCCUGCCCCCUUAGAGCUGAUUGUCUCCAAGAAGUUGACCACCUUACUCUUCAGACGUGAGGUGCCAGCGAUCCUUCAAGACACUCUAGUGAGAGCAUAGCUUUCACUUCUUUCCCAAGGGAACUUGGAAAGGAGACAGUCAGGUAUUAGAGGAAAAAGAAAAGUAUAUCUAUCCAAAGCUCUGGCCUUAAAGAAUGUUGCUAAAUAAUUACUCCCACGCUGUCAGCCUCCUUACAUGUUACAUGGCUAUGGUUUCCAAGCCAGAAAUGGAGAAAGGAACUGGAGUCUUCCUCAGCCUAAGGUCAGGGUAGAAGAGGGUGGUGUGUGUAGGGAAGGGCCAGACGGCCAUCUUCCUUGUACCUGUGUGCACCGGGCAGAAACGUGUUCACAAGAGCCGGUCUUCUACUUGUUUGCUGCCAUUCUUCACCACUUGCCAUUUCCCCUAUCAGAGAAUGUAAAUCAUUUAAUGUUAGGCCAAACCACACAACCUGUAGGGUACAUAUGUUGUUGAAAAAGGUAAAGCAAUGCAUGCCAAACCAAACUGAAAUGACUUGGACUAUCUGCUGCUUGGGUCAUUGGGUUCACAGAAGAUUGGGAUAAGAAACUGCAGUUUAUUGAGGGCAUUUCAGUUCCUCCUGCCACCUCAACAGGACUUUGUCCAGACUCCUCUUACCUUUGUGCCUUGACUGUGGUUCUUUGUGGCGAGAUGCUUUGGUUGGUAAAACAUAAUAUGGAACAAA